AUGGGACGCAAGGCAUUCAAAAGCAUCGGAAGCAAUUCAACAGUUGCGCAGAACAAGGGAAAAAAUGAUAUGAUCCCGAAAGUCAAAACCAAAAAGGGGUCUAGCAAAGCAACUGAGCAGGAAAAGCUGAUGGAGCUAGCCAAGAAGCUUAUUAUCAGUCACCCCGAAUUCACGCUCGAACAAGCAUUUUCGAUUGAAACGAAAAGACAAGCUGCGAGGAAGAAGAGAGAGGACGAACCUAAGAUUGAUGCUUCGAUCCAUUUGAGGAUUGAUGAGGAGAUGGAGGUUUUUUUGAUGGAAAACUACAUUGAUGAAGAUCAAAAAGAAAAUUUGAUAGCUCCAGAGGAAGAUCCUCAAGCACGGAUUUUUUUCAAGUUCAAUCAAAUGGAUAUCAGCGGCGAAGAUGGUCCUCAAGACGAAGCUAGGUCAAUUAAUCAAUAA